GAAAUUGGGAGAUGGGAAGAGGGAAGAUCGCAAUCAGGAGGAUUGACAACUCAACCAGUAGGCAAGUGACCUUCUCCAAGAGAAGAAAUGGCUUAUUGAAGAAAGCCAAAGAGUUAGCCAUCUUAUGUGAUGCUGAUGUUGGAGUCAUCAUCUUCUCCAGCACCAAUAAGCUCUAUGAAUUCUCAAGCACCAGCAUGAAAUCAGUGGUUCAACGCUACAAUAGAUCAAAAGAAGAAAUCAAUCAACUGGUGAAUCCGAUGUCAGAUGUCAAGCUUUGGCAAAUGGAGGCAGGAUUAUUGAAGCAACAGUUGCAGAACCUGCAUGAAACUCAUCGGCAACUGAUGGGAGAAGAACUCUGUGGUUUGGGACUUGAAGACCUGCAAAAACUGGAAAACCAGUUGUCAUUAAGCCUACAAGUUAUUCGCAUGAAGAAGGAAGAGAGUCUAACAAAUGAGAUACAAGAACUCACCAGAAAGGGGAAUUUGAUACAUCAAGAAAACAUCGAACUCUACAAGAAGAUUUAUGAGGCAAGAACAUAUGCAACUAACUUUGAUGAGAAUAACGGGUUCGAAGCGUGUAACUCUGGUGUCAUCCAAGCUCAUAGCCCUACCAAUCUGCAUCUAUGUCAACCUGAGGAUCAGAGUAUGCUUGACAUACCGUUGCGUGAAACAAUUUCCAGGUGGAAUGAUUGCAUGAUCGAUGCAGGCAAAUAAACAUGUAUUCAUGUUCAAACGUCGUCUUUUGAAAGGUGCUCCCAAAUUUCUGACUUUUGAUUUGUAUAUUUGGGCCAUUAUUACUUAAAAGACAUGAUAUUAGUUGAUAAGGGUACAUAUGCUACUCGUAGUAUACCACUUCCCAUGUAAUUAUAAUUGCUUAUCCUUUUGUCCCUUUUAACUUUCUGAUGGUACAUUUUUCGUUGUACCAUGAUGAUUCCUUUUAAUU